UCUUGGAAGGGGCGGGGUCUGUGCUGAGUGGUCCUGGAGUCAAUGAGGGGCGGGGCCUGCCCUGGAAUAGGGCGUGGGGUCUAUGCCCAGGGGUCCGGGAGGGGAGGGGCCUGAGUUGAGAGGUUCAGGGAGGGGCGGAGCGCCCCAGGCAUGGGCGGGGCCUGCGUGGUCCGCGGCGCUGGUGGAGUGGGCAGCGCGAUGAGGGGCACGAGCUGCGUGGGCGGCGGCGGCGAGAGCCCCGGUAGCGCGGGGCUGAGUGAGGGUCCGCGCGGCCGCUGGCUGCGCCUGGCCCCGGUGUGCGCCUACUUCUUAUGCGUGUCGCUGGCCGCCGUGCUGCUCGCCGUGUACUACGGUCUCAUCUGGGUCCCCACGCGGCCUCCUGCGAGCCCCGCCGGUCCCCAGCCCAGCGCGCCAGGCCCUCCGUGCGCCCGAGGCGCGCCUCCUGCCCCUCCGCCCGCCGCCCCCUGCCUACUGGGCGCCCCCGGCGGGCCAAGACCCUUGCUGGGACUGCCGCGGAGCCGCCGCCACAGCCGCCCGCCGCCAGGAGCGACGCCGCAGGCCUCCGCGGGCCGCGCGCCCGGGUAACCUCCCUUCCUCCCACCCGAUCGUCUGCCGCUGGAGCCCGGGGUCCCCGCUCUGUCCCGUCCCGUUCUGUCCCGGCUGGGCCCAGAGCGGGCACUCUGAAGAAUGGGCCGGGGCUGGGGCUGGGGCCUCGCCCCGCGUAGCCUCUGCGGUCCGGCCGGGCCUCUUCGCCCCACGCCAUCCUGAUCGAGGGCCCUGACCCUCAGCUCACCCCACUCCUCUCCUGGACUGUGCGCAUCCAUCUGCAAUAAACUCCAGCCUCAGCUGC